AUGCUGACUCGGCGGGUGACAGAAGCAGAAGUGCGAGAUGCACUUUUUAUGAUGCACACAGAAAAAGCACAUGGGCCAGAUGGAAUGGUGGCAUUACUUUUUCAGCGAUCAUGGCAUAUAGUUAAGGAGAAUAUCAUUACCAUGGUGAAUAAUUUCCUUACCUCGGGAACUUUUGAUGAACGGCUAAAUGUGACCAAUAUAUGUCUUAUGCCAAAGACGAAACGCCUUACUAAGAUGACGGAGUUACGGCCCAUAAGUUUGUGUAAUGUCGGCUAUAAGAUUAUUUCAAAGGUCCUCUGCCAACGACUUAAGGUGCUGCUAGCAAGAUUGAUUUCAGAAACCCAGUCUGCGUUUGUGCCAGGCCGAUUGAUUUCUGAUAACAUCUUGAUAGCUCAGGAGAUGUUUCAUGGUUUGAGAACAAAUAAGUCAUGUAAAGGAAAGUUUAUGGCGGUGAAGACGGAUAUGAGCAAGGCUUACGACCGAGUCGAAUGGCCUUUUAUCGAGGAACUGAUGCGAAAAAUGGGGUUUGCAGAGCAAUGGAUCACAUGGAUGAUGUGGUGUAUUACGUCUGUUAAGUAUAAGGAGUAUGAGGCAGCAUCUGGACAACAAAUUAAUUUUGCGAAAUCUUCGAUACAAUUCAGACACAUAGUGGAUGCAGGGGUUAAGGCUGAGAUACACCAUAUUUUGGGGAUUGAGAAGAUUGGAGGAAUGGGGACAUAUCUAGUUUGGGAUGAUCCUUGGAUUCCAGCGUCUCGCCCGAGGUCAGCUAAGGGAAACAGGAUAAAUUUUUACCCGUAUCUUUGGGUGCGGGAUUUAAUGACUCCCGGAAGACCAACGUUGAAUCUUCCACUAUUUAAUCAACUUUUUGAUAGUAGGGAUGUAUCUCUAAUCAUGGGGAUUCCGACCUCACAUUUGGAUAAACCGGACUAUAUGGGAUGGUUUUAUACAAAGACGGGGCGGUACACAGUUAAAUCUGGGAUGUAUUUCUGUGGGAGAACGCUUACGCAGCUGAGGUCUACAGAUAGACCCACAAUGUAUGAGAUGUGGCAUGGCUGCGGAAACGAUUAA